UAAAUAAAAUUUCUAAGUGUUGUGUGAAUGUUAUUUGUGUGUUUUUGGACGUGGUGUCUUGGUUUUAAAUCUAGGAAUGAAGAAAUUCGUACGCACGCGUCCCGCGGGCCCCACUGCACAACAUACUUCAAAUGGACACCUCAGUACGUAAGAAAUUACGAUGGCGUGGCAACCGCCGGGAUUCACGAUCAUUCCACAAUACCAAGGCGGUGGGAGGAGGGGAGCGGCGGUAGAGAGGGCGCGCUGUGGGAAGACCCUGACUUCCCAGCGGACAUCAGCUCAAUUGGAAGCCGACGAUUACCACCUGACUUGCUGUGGAUGCGGCCACAUGAAUUAAGCGCAAGGCCACGUUUCCUGGGGGAUACGACACUAGAAGGAUCGGCGACACCCGCGCCAUCCUCCAGACUCGCUGCUCAGUCUACUGACGACCACGCGCCUGACAAACAAACAGACAAUGAAACUGAUGAAGACUUUGCUGCUAGAUGGAGUAUUGACGUUGGGGAAGUGGGUGACAGUAACCUGUGCUGCGCGGCGGCCGCGCUCGCGCUCACUCCGCGCCUGCUGGCACGCGCCGCGCCACCACACUCCUUCCGACAGGGAUAUACUGGCGCGUUUAGGUUUCAGUUCUGGGUGUGGGGCUCAUGGCGCUGGGUGACGGUGGACGACCGGCUGCCGACGCGCCGCGGCCGUCUCAUCACCAGCCGCAGUGCGCUGCCACACGACUACACCCUGCCGCUGCUGGAAAAAGCUUACGCCAAACUGUACGGCAGCUACAUGUCACUGCGCGAGGGCUCGUGUGCACGCGCGCUGCAGGACCUGUGCGGCGGCGUGGUGCAGAGCUUCGCCCCGCCGCGACAGUCGCCCGCGCUGCUGCUGCGCGUGCUCAACUCCGCCGUGCCGCGCGCCACGCUGCUCGUGCUCACGCCGCAGCAGGAGAAAGGUAUCAGCGGGAGUCGUAUGCGCAACGGGCUGAUACCCGGGCAGCCGUACUGCGUGACCGGGCUGGCGCGCGUGCGGGGCGAGGCGGGGCUGGCGCGGAGUGUCGCAGGGGAGGGUGUGGAGGGCGAGGAGUGCGCGGGCGCGCUGGUGAGGCUGCGCGCGCCCGCCGGUCGCGGCGAGUGGCGCGGCGCGUGGGCGCGCGGCGGGCCGCAGUGGCGCGCGCUGCCCGCCGCCGACCGCGACCUGCUCGCAGAGACCGCCGCGCAACCUGGACACUUCUGGAUGCCGUUCUCCGAGCUGGCGCGCGCGUUCGGCACGCUGGAGCUGGUGCACCUCGGGCCGGACGAGUGGGUGCGCGAGCCGGCGCUGCGCGGGCGGCGGGCGUGGCGGGCGGCGCUGGCGCGGCGGCGAUGGCGCGCCGGGUGCAGCGCGGGGGGUCCGCCGGGCGCGCGCACCGCGCCCGCCAACCCGCAGUUCCGGGUGCUGGUGCCGCCGCCCGCCGCCGCACACCUGGUGCUGGCGGUGGCGCAGCAGUACGAGCCGCGGCGCGCCGCACGCCUGCCGCCGGUCGGGUUCGCGCUGUUCGAGCUGACGGCGGACGCGGCCGCACGACGCGCCGCUCUCUCGGCGGGAUGUGCGCAGCGGCUGCUGGAGGCGGGACACGUGGGGCGCGCGCGCGAGGUGGCGGCCUUCGUGCUGCUGGCGCCGGGACACUACCUGCUGGUGCCGCACGCGGGGCGCCCGCACGCGGAGGGCGCCUUCCUGCUGCGCGUGCUCUGCGACCGGCGCGCCGACGUCUGGGAGGUGAACGACGACAACAUUAUCAUCCGAGACUUCAACACGGAGAGCCGCGACGACACACCCAUACCGCCACAAGUGGAGAACACCAUUUCCAAAAUAGUUGAGAAGCAGGGAUCCGACGAGAUGGACGUGUGGGGUGUGCGGGGUGCAGUGCGGAGGUGGUGGCCGCGGUGGUGCGGGUCGCUGGAGGUGUGCCGCGCGCUGGUGGCACUGCGGGACGCGGCGGCGGGGGGCCGGGUGCCAGCGGGGGAGGUGCCGGCACUGCUGCGGCUGGUGGGGCUGUGGCGGGCGGCGGUGGUGAGGUACGCGCGAUGCGGACGCGGCGUGUCCUCGUACCGGCUGCGCGCGCUGCUGUGGGCGGCGGGGGUCAGCGCCAGCAACAAGGUGCUGGAGUGCCUCGUGCUGAGGUUCGCGCGGCGCGCCACGCUCACCCCCGAGGCCUGCCUGCUCGCACUCGCCAGGCUGCAUCUAGCUCACGAGCGGUACCGCACCCUGGACGCUAAACUCAAGUCAAAUCCUCUUUCCUUGGAAGAAGUUAUCCUGAUGACCAUCUACUCAUGAUGACACGAGCCGGUUGUCUUGUAUCCCAGUUGUUACUCAGACUAUUGUUAUAUUUAUACAAUUGUUGUUUGUUAUUUAAUAAAUUAUUAGAGAAUCUAU